UUAUUCUUCAAAGAAUAAAAAAGUUUCCUAAAUUAAGAAAAAAAGAAAACAGUUUGGUGUCUCUACACAUCUUCUCCCUUUAUAUAAACAAACCACACAUACCCCAAAGUCCAUCAAACUCUCUCCACCACAUUUCACUCAGAGCCCACACAGUUUUAGAGAGAGAGAAACAUCCCUCAAAGCUCUCUCUUUCUCCGGCGAUGGUUGUCGCUAUGGACCAGCGUAGCAAUGUGAACGGAGAUUCCAAGGACGAAAGGUUUGAUCCGAGCGCACAACCACCGUUUAAGAUCGGAGAUAUAAGGGCUGCGAUUCCUAAGCAUUGUUGGGUCAAGAGUCCUUUGAGAUCCAUGAGCUACGUCGCGAGAGACAUUUUCUCCGUCGUGGCUCUGGCCGUCGCCGCCGUGUAUUUUGAUAGCUGGUUCUUCUGGCCUCUUUAUUGGGCCGCCCAAGGAACCCUUUUCUGGGCCAUCUUCGUACUCGGCCACGACUGUGGACAUGGGAGCUUCUCAGACAUUCCUCUUCUGAAUACUGCGGUUGGUCAUAUUCUUCAUUCCUUCAUUCUCGUUCCAUACCAUGGUUGGAGAAUAAGCCAUCGGACACACCACCAGAACCAUGGCCAUGUUGAAAACGACGAGUCUUGGGUUCCGUUGCCAGAAAAAUUAUACAAGAAUUUGUCCCACAGUACACGGAUGCUCAGAUACACUGUCCCUCUCCCCAUGCUCGCUUACCCUCUCUAUCUGUGGUACAGAAGUCCUGGUAAAGAAGGGUCACAUUAUAACCCAUACAGUAGUUUAUUUGCCCCAAGCGAGAGAAAGCUUAUUGCAACUUCAACUACUUGCUGGUCGAUCGUGUUGGCCACUCUUGUUUAUCUAUCAUUCCUCGUUGGUCCAGUCACAGUUCUAAAAGUCUAUGGUGUUCCUUACAUUAUCUUUGUAAUGUGGUUGGACGCUGUCACGUACUUGCAUCAUCAUGGUCACGAUGAUAAGCUGCCUUGGUACAGAGGCAAGGAAUGGAGUUAUUUACGUGGAGGAUUAACAACUGUUGAUAGAGAUUACGGGAUCUUCAACAACAUUCAUCACGAUAUUGGAACUCACGUGAUCCAUCAUCUUUUCCCACAAAUCCCUCACUAUCACUUGGUCGAUGCCACGAAAGCAGCUAAACAUGUGUUGGGAAGAUACUACAGAGAACCAAAGACGUCAGGAGCAAUACCGAUCCACUUAGUGGAAAGUUUGGUGGCAAGUAUUAAGAAAGAUCAUUACGUCAGUGACACUGGUGAUAUUGUCUUCUACGAGACAGAUCCAGAUCUCUACGUUUAUGCUUCUGACAAAUCCAAAAUCAAUUAAUCUUUCUUCCUAGCUCUAUUUAGGAAUAAAACACUCCUUUGGUUUUACUUAUUUCUGGUUGUUUUUAAGUUAAAAAUGUACUCGUGAAACUUUUUUUUAUUAAAUGUAUUUACAUUACAAAUCGUAAAAGUUUUUGUUCGUUUU